GUGAAUUCUAACCGGAUAAAUUUCGGGGUGGUUUUAUUUUAAGAACACUUGCAACACAUCAUUAUCUUCUUCCAACUUUCGACAGGCCAAAUCGAACUUCCUGCUUACCCUACCACACAGUGGAUCGACGAUGCGGAACACGCGGCCAACGAAGAUGGACUGCCAGCACCGAUGAACGCUCAGAUUGAGGAGAACAGGUCUGGAGAAGAAGCUACUGCGCCCAACGAAAGUGCGGCACCAGCUCCCUUGCAUGAACCGGCUGAAAUGAGAUACCGUGUAAUGCUAAUUAACGGGCGUCGUCCACAGCGUACAUCUGCUCCACCAUCACAACCAUAUGGGAACGCGUAUCACAGAGUGAUUCCUGUGGAGCCCCGGUUUCAGAGCUUGGUAACCAAACCACAGAUGGAACUCUCGGAUAAUCAUCAACCUGAGUGGAACAGGGCGCGGAAGGAAAGUUCGGAGUCGGUGCCAAAUACACUGCAUCAGUCACGUGUGGGACAGUGGUGGGGUAAAAUGUGCCUUCGAAGCUGGCUAACUUUGGUCAGCCUGCUAGUGGCCUUCAGAGCAAUUAUUGUUCGAAUGGGCUUUGUCUGCUUCACCUGUACAGCCAUUGUGACCGUGGUGACAGAGAAAAAAGAUGGACGGUUUUGGUUCCUCUGCAUUACAAUUAUUCCACUUCUGAUCGAUCUCAGCUGGGCUAUUAAAACACAAAUGGAGAGGAGAGAAAACGGAAAUACCAUUUCCAAAUGGUUUUCGCUAUGCAACUUUGCCUACCUUAUUUGUGCAUGUCCCCCGAUAUGGAUCAUCGAACUGCAUCGAAUGGAUCAGUUGAACAAUGCCACAGUCGCGUUUAAACAACAACUGAACCAGACGCUAAUGAUGACGACGACAACACCAACGAUGACCACAGCAUCCACCACGCCGGUUUGGUUACUUUUAUUACAAGAGAGCUUACCACACAACGAAAGCAUGAUGAUAAUGGGUGAAGAAAUUGAAGAAUAUAUCCGUGCUCAUGAAUUCAUCAACCGGCCUUCAACGACGAGACUCAAACGAACUCGCCGAUCAAUCGAUCAACUAGCUGCUCUUCAGCUUCAAAACUUUUCUCUCACCCAAAGGAUCCGAAUACUUGAGCAGCUACUUCUUCUCUCUGUGAUAGUUGGACGCUGGUUAAUGCCACGUGAAGGACUAAGCCGCGAUCAACUGUCACAACUCUUGCUCAUCAACAUUGGCACAGCUGCAGACAUUUUAGAACUGUUCGAAGCCUUCAGUGAAGAAGAAGUUCGUCAAAAUGAUUUCCUGCGUGCGGUCAUUCUAUGUUUAUGGCAGGCCAGCUUGCUGCAGUUUUGUUUUAACAAAACUGCUUUACGUACACCCCGUGUGAAUCAAACGUUAAUCGUUGCAUCUUCCAGUCGGGGUUCAAUGAAGUCAUUCACAGCGAGACAAUCAACAGUUUCUAAGAAAUCCGUACAUGAUGUUAGCCAUCCUACCCAUCUGCAAAACGCUGAAGUCACUAGAUGGAGAGAAGGUACAUCAUACGGUAGACGAAUAAGUUCAAAGGAAACCCUUAAUCCAGAGGAAGGUUCAGCCUCAGGUUACGACGACGUUGAGGCUCAGAAAGUUUGCUGCGCAAAGUAUCCAUGCCCGGGAGUAGUGGAAUUCCUUUACCGACAGCGUCCUUGUUUAUGCUGCGAGACGGAACUUUGGGCCAUUGGAAUGUCGUUGAUGCUGCAAGAUUUUCCUUUUCUUUGUCUUCGACUCACUUUAAUUAUCUAUUUCAAUGUUAGGAGCUACUCAAACGUCUUUUUUACAUGUAAAAACACUCUACUCAUCAUGUUACAAAUUUUCAGAUCUGGAGUGAUUGUUGCGGAAGCGUACUCUCACCGCAAUGAUGUUCCUCAGCCGUAUGUGAGGCGCCGCUGGAACACUCGCGGUUGA